GUUUUUGUGUAUCCCGUUUUAGGCUUUCUGGGCAUAGCAGGAAAUGUCGUCACCGGGAUAAUCCUAAGACGCAGCGGACUGGAGAAGCCCACGAACGUUCUGCUGCUCGCACUGGCCAUUUCCAGCAUCAGCUGCUUACUGCCCACCGUCAACAUCUUCUCUUUGCUGCGGCAGUUCAACAAGAUGAUACCGCCAAGGUAUUACAUCGCGUGGGAAUACGAACCGGGGAAAUCUCGGUUCGCGUAUUUCUGCUUCCACGCGACGACUUUCAUUUUCUUUCAAAGCAGGUACGGAAAUCAAGUCACGUCGUCAAUCUGCGUGCUAAUUACCCUGGAGAGACUUGUUGUCAUAUUUUUUCCAAUGAGAAUUAAAAGCAUCAUCACGCUGAAGAGGACUGUAGCCGUGGUGAUAUUCGUGCACCUGCUCUGGCUGCCACUUCUCGUAUUGAACAUAAGAGCUUGCAAAGCUCGAGUAAUCUAUUUCGACGACGUUGAGACAUAUGGACUGCUGCUGUCCUUUGAAGAAAACGAUCUUUUGACUAACAUUGGACAGGUCGCCGAUUGGCUGAGCGGAAUCAUUCCCGUCACUGUUAUCUUCCUCGGCACGGUCACGAUGAGCGUGAAGCUGAGGUUCAUCCUCAAGAACAGGAGACGUCUGACUUCGUCUCUGAGGGGGACCCACUCCCUGCGGCUCUCCAAAACGUUGAUUGUCGUGUGUGUUCUGUUCUGCCUCUGUCACAUGAACGCGUUCAUUUUCCUGUUUAAAACGUUCUACAACAACGAAAACCGCCUCAUGGGGAAGAUAAUAAUCAUGUUUUCUUACGUGGAGAGCGCUAGUCACUUUCUCGUGUACAUCUUCUUAAAUAAAAACUUCAGGUCAGUUAUUGUUAAACUCAUAAAGUUCCAUAGACAAAAUAGAAGGUAAUCCGCUUGAUCAGGGUUGCUUACUUUAAAAGAAAAGGGGAAACAAAUAAUUAUUAAUGGAAUAUAUUUGAAAUCUAAAAAAAAAUUUAAAUGAGAAAUUAAAUUUGAUACGGAUGAAAUAAAUAUUACGAGCAAACAUUUGAAAUCUAUAGAUUUUUUUUCUUUAUAGAAAAAUAACUUUUAUUUCCGGACACAGUCUCAAAAUAAAAUAAUGCAGUUGAAAUCAAUUUCAAAUAUCCUCACGAAUGUGUUAUGGCAGUGUGUUGUGACAUUGUGUUAUUACUGUGUGUUAUGGCAGUGUGUUUUGGCAGUGUGUUAUGGCAGUGUGUUUUGGCAGAAUGUGUAUUUUCACCACGCGGAUUGA